AUAUUUUUCUUUUCGAUCCACGCUGCAGAUGUUAUGCACGUGGUGAUAGUCAGUUUCUCUGUGAAGUGUUCAAUAUCAUGAAAAUACAUUUAUAAACAAGUGUCUGUCGUGCAGGGAAUAAAAAUGUCACUAUAUAACUUCAAAAAGAUCGCUGUGGUCCCCACAUCCAAGGAUUUCAUCGAUAUCAUAUUAUCGAAAACGCAGAGGAAGACCCCCACAGUGAUCCAUAAGAACUAUAAAAUCUCGAGGAUUCGUGCAUUUUAUACGAGAAAAGUGAAAUUUUCUCAACAAAGUUUCCAUGAUCGUCUGUCCCAAAUAAUUCAGGAAUUUCCUAAGCUCGACGAUGUCCAUCCAUUUUACGCUGAUCUUAUGAAUGUUCUGUACGAUAAAGACCACUAUAAAUUAGCUCUGGGGCAAAUCAACCAUGCUAGACAUCUGAUUGACAAUGUUGCAAAGGAUUAUGUUCGAUUACUCAAAUACGGCGACUCUUUGUACCGCUGCAAACAGUUGAAAAAGGCAGCUCUCGGUCGCAUGGCCACGAUAAUGAAACGACAAGCUGCCAAUCUGGCGUACCUGGAACAAGUUCGUCAACACUUGGCGCGUUUACCCAGUAUCGAUCCCUAUACCAGAACAAUAAUCAUUUGUGGAUUUCCUAAUGUUGGAAAGAGUAGUUUCAUCAAUAAAAUCACGAGGGCUGAUGUGGAAGUCCAGCCCUACGCCUUCACCACAAAAUCUCUGUACGUAGGGCACACAGAUUACAAAUACCUCCGUUGGCAAGUCAUUGACACUCCUGGAAUUCUAGAUCACGCCUUAGAAGAUCGAAAUGUCAUUGAGAUGCAAGCAGUAACAGCCCUUGCCCACUUAAGAGCAGCAGUUCUGUACGUCUGUGAUGUGUCAGAGCAGUGUGGACACAACAUCGAGGCCCAAGUCCAACUCUUCGAGUCCAUAAAACCAUUAUUCACCAAUAAGCCGCUCAUUGUCGUUGCCAACAAAACUGAUGUUCUUCGCCUGGACGAGUUGCCUCCAGAAAAACUGACUGCUCUGAAGAGCCUCGAAGAUGGAGGAAAAACUCCACUAAUCGAGAUGAGCACUGUUACGGACUUUGGAGUGAUGGAAGUUAAGCGCGAGGCGUGUGAACGUUUGCUCUCCUUCAGGGUAGACCAAAAGAUUAAGACCAAGAAAGUCGAUGGAUUACUUAAUCGCCUGCAUGUUGCUGUACCUGCACCCAGGGAUCAUAAAGAACGACCUCCGUGCAUACCUCAGACUGUGCUCCUCAAGAAAAAGGCUGACGCAGAGAAGCUCGAGAGGAAAAGGAAAUUGGAGAGGGAAAUUGAGGAAGAAAUGGGAGAUGAUUAUGUCUUGGAUCUGAAAAAGAAUUAUGACAUUGAGGGAGAUCAGAAAUUUGAUAUUAUUCCUGAAAUGUGGGAGGGACAUAAUAUUGCUGAUUACAUUGAUUUGGAUAUAUUUGAGAAACUCAAUGAACUUGAGAAAGAGGAGGAAAUGCGAAACGAAGCUGGAUACUACGACUAUAAGGUUCCCUUAUUAUCAGAUACAAUGAAGCAAAUUCAAGAAUUAGCUAAACAAAUUCGCGAAAAGAGAGCAAUUGAUGCUGACGAGGCUAGAGUUAAUAAGGCAUCUACUAAGCCUGUUAUGCCACGUACUGCUGCUGCCAAGACACGAAGUAGAUCUGUCACGAGAUUGAGGGAGCAGAUGGAGGAGCUGGGAGUUGACAUGGAUAACACUGAGAAUGCACAUUUCACAAAAACCAGAGGUCGCUCAAGAUCUGCCUCAGGACCGGCUAGGAAACGCCAAAGGAUUGAAUCACUCUCCACAACAAGGGCAAGAAGUAGUUCAAGGCCAGCUAGAGAUGAUAUGGGCGUUAAGGAUGUUGUCAUGAAGACAAAGCUGAAGAAUAUUGCUCACAAGGCAAUCAAAAAGAAGGUGGCGAAGAAGGGUCUCAAGGGUGAGGCUGAUCGUUUCAUCGGUACUAAAAUGCCUCGACACUUGUUCGCGGGAAAAAGAGGUGUUGGAAAAAGCGACAGGCGAUAAUUCAAAUCACUCAACGUUUUCGUAAAAAAUUCCGCAAAUGUUGUUUUAAAGGCCUGUUUCGCAGUGAAUUGCUACUCAUUUUCUAUCUCUUUAAAAGCCACUGACUUAAAUGACGUCAACAUAUGAUAAGGCACUCUAUCUGCCUAACUGGCCAUUGGCUGCAUCCUACACCCUCAUCAGCUUGAAGAAACAACAUUUGUAAAGAUAAAACUAAAAAGUUCUAUCAUCACUUAACAUGUCGACAAUGUAAAAACGAAAAUUUAAUAAAAAUUGGGGAUUCCCUAUGAGGUUUAUAACAAAAA